AUGACUGCUCCAGCUGUUUCUUCUAAUGAUAAGCCUUUUGGCAUCUCUCAAAUCUGGGCAUACGUCCCUAUUGUGCUUGACAUGGAGAAACUGAAUUAUGACAAGUGGUGUGAGCUCUUCGAGACUCACUGCCUGUGUUACGGUGUCCUCGGCCAUCUCGACGGUUCCUCUCGUCCGUCGUCUACCACCGACACUACAUGGAAAGAACGUGAUGGGCUGGUGAAGAUGUGGAUCUACGGUACCAUCUCGGAAUCGAUUCUUGACACGGUUCUCAAAGCUAAGUGCUCUGCUCGUGACUUGUGGCUUACCAUCGAGGCUCUCUUUCGUGACAACAAAGAAGCUCGAGCUCUCCAGUUGGAAAACAAGCUGGGCACAAUCACGAUUGGAGACUGGAGUGUUCAUGAAUAUUGCAAGAAAUUGAAGAACCUCUCUGAUCUUCUUGCGAAUAUCGACUCCCCGGUGACAGAUUGUGGACUUGUGCUCCAUCUUCUCAACGGCUUGACGGAUAAGUUCGACAGCAUCAUCAAUGUGAUCAAACAUCGUGAGCCUUUUCCAACAUUCUCGGUUGCUCGUUCGAUGCUCAUCAUGGAAGAGGAACGUCUCUCCAAGCAUACCCGUGUCACCCCUACCACGUCUCAUCAUCCAUCCUCACCUGACGUGCUCUUCACGUCAUCGGACCAUCAUCUUCGUCAUCAACAACAAUCGGGAUCUCUCUAUAGGGGUGGUGGUCGUGGCCGCGGUCGUGGGGGACGCAACAACCGUGGUGGCCGUGGUCGUUCUCACAACACUUAUUGGCCUCCAUCCUCGAACAAUUGGAAUUAUGGCGCUCCUCAAGCUCCAUAUCCUUAUUCUUACGGGCCGACACCACCUCUGUACUAUGUCGCUAAUCUUUUCCAGCACUCUGUUCGGCCUCCACAACACUUCCCGGCACAUCCCUCACACGCUGCAUCGGGCAUUCUUGGUUCACAUCCUCAACCUCCCCAAGCUGCUGCUCAUCUUGUCCAAGCCCCACCAGCUCAAGUUACUGAUCAAUCUGCAUAUGUGCCGUCUGCCCUUGCACAUGCUUUCAACACUAUGACGUUGCAGGACCCCAACAUUGGCGGCUAG